GUUUCUGUCUGUGAUUUUGGAGAAGAUCAAGGUGGAGAGAGGGUUUAUGGGACAUGAUCUCCUGCAGUGUCUCUGUAGGGUUUAUGUAGGCGUGUGUCAACAGAGAGGAGACUUUCACAAAGCACAUGCUCUCGCCUACAAACUCCUUAAAGAAGACUUUCUUGAAGCCCCCAAAGUGAUUAUGGUCAUGGUGACAGCAUGGCCAAGUUUUUUGUCCUAUGAAAGUUCUUUAUGCCGAGCGAUUCACAUAGUGAGCAACCUGAAAGCAAAGGGAAAGAUAUUUCACUUGCUCACCAAGUAUCUGCACUGGGAUGAGGAGCCUCCAGGAAACAUCCACAAUGCUAUCACCAGCACCCUGAAGUCUUUUCUGGAAGACAGCAGUCUGAGGUUCCUGGAGAACAGCUGGUAUGGUUAUGAUCUUUGCCCUGCUACCUGGAACUACAUCUUCAGCCUGGAUCUUCUGUGUGCACAACUGGGCUGGACUUGGACCAUUACCAAUAUUAUACGGAAGGACCUUUGGCUGAUCCUGAACACUUGGCUGAGGCAAGCAAGAACAGAGCAAACACCGUUCCGAGACGUCUGUGUAGCAGCAGUUUUCAGGCUACUUGGGCGACUUGGUCAACUAGGACUUAAGGAGAACAUGCUAAUGUCACUCGAAAACCUGGCAAAAAGCAUUAAUCAGUUUGGAAUGCAAAACUUCUCAAAAGGUAUGCCAUGGGAAGUGCAGCUCUCAGUCAUCUAUGCCACUCAUGAUCUGGCACCCAGCAACCCUGAAGCAGCUCUGAAGACAUUGGAAUCAUGGAGGAAAAACAGCACACAGCCCGUUCCCCCAGCCGUCAUCAAAUGCAUUACGCAAAUCAGCUUCCUUUGUCAUCAGACCAAGUCACAAAACUCUAAGAAACUACUGUAGUGAU